AUGUCCACUCCGGAAGAACGGAAGUUCUCCCAAAAACUCAUGGGACUAGAGGCUUGCAACCUGCCCAUGGGUUUUAAAUUUUAUGCAAAACACAGUGAUAGAAGCGAGUUUCCUGAUUCCGGAGGAAAGCCUGGUACGGUAACGCCAGGUAGGAUGGGAUUGCAGGAGUCAUAUAGGAUACCGAAACGGAAAAGGACUAGGAUGGCGAUCUGUACUUAUAACGCACGUACGCUUGCAUCGGAAGCGGCCAUCGAAGAUCUGAUGAUGCAAGCCAAGAAGAUCAAGUACGACGUCAUCGGACUGACCGAGACGAGACGACGUCACCCUCUCAACGCCGUAUAUGAACCUGGAGAAGAACUGUUCUUAGGAACAUGCGACAGUAGAGGUGUUUGUGGAGUUGGCAUCCUCAUCAACACGAGUAUGGCAAAAAACAUCGACUCUUUCGAACAACUUACGACCCGGACGACUGCGGAUGAGAGGAUGUGGUCCAACACCAGCUUUGACUAUCUUCGUUGCUUACUCUCCAACAUCUCCAAGCUAUGA